CCGGUGUGGAAUCGCGUUGGUACCUAAAAUAGAAGGGAAGAAGGAGGAUGAAUGAAUGCCUUGGGUAUACAAGUGGAUCCCAGCAGAUGUAUCUUUACAUACAAUAAUGUAUGGAAAGGUACUUCCCUCCUCGAGCUUCUCGUGCCUAAAGAACUUUCCCCUCGUUUGUCUUUCAUACUUUCUCUCUAUCUCACCUCCGUCAUCCUCGUCUUUCUUACUAUCAUCCAUCGUUUCUCCAAGACUUAAUCGAGUACGACUACUAGCAAGAUGGCACUCCCUUCCAAUAUCCAUGUGUCUACCCAUCCUUGUCUCCAGGCCAAACUGUCGCAACUCCGCUCCAAAUCGACAUCCACCCGCGAAACCCGCGAUCUCGUCCGUGAGAUCGCGACCAUUCUAGGGGUCGAAGCAUUCUCGUCGGGACUGCAAGUUACCAAUCGGGGGAAGGGAACCACCCCUUUAGGGUAUGAGUACGAAACGCAUGAGAUUGAUCCUGCCAGCGUCGCUCUCAUCCCUAUCCUCCGAUCCGGUCUGGGUAUGAUCGAAGCCAUCAACGAUCUCCUUCCAUCCUCCGUACCCAUUUACCAUCUGGGUCUGUUCCGCGAAAAGCUCAGCCUCCAGCCGGUGGAAUACUACAACAACCUCCCCUACCAACGGCCAGAUUCCUCCAGUCCCAGCGCGGUCAACACGGCUGCUGCUUCUACCGCCAUCCUCCUCGAUCCCAUCAUCGCCACGGGUGCCACUGCCGAGGCUGCCAUUCACCUUCUCCGCGAGUGGGGAGUGCAGCGCGUGAUCAUGCUCAGCGUCUUAGGGGCUCAGGACGGGGUGCAAAAGGUAGCUGAGUGUUGGCCCGAGGGUGUAGAGCUCUGGAUUGGAGCGGUGGAUCCGAAGUGUAACGAGCGAGGCAUGAUCGUACCGGGACUGGGAGAUAUCGGCGAUCGUCUGUUUGUCGCCAUGGGGAAGUGAUAUCGCCUUAAUCCUAUUAAGAGAGUGUAAUGGAAUCGUAGUUUCAGUCACUUCAUGAUAACGGAUGAGUAAUCCUCGAUAACAG